AUGGCCGUUGCCCUCUUCCGAAGCUUUGGCAAUCUGCUCGCGUCUGGCCAAGCCCCGCCAGAGCUGCGGGCAUACAUCGGGAGUGCGAAGGGCACCGCGCUACGGAAGAUUGCCAGAGAUGGGGCAGCGGACACUAGGCCCGCGUGUUCUGGAGAAACCAUUCGGCGAUUUGUCAGCAAGAUCAUGUUAGGAACGGAGCUGCAUUCGUUGGGAGAGUAUUUGUUGCCGCACCAGUUUGCCGUGGGCGUCAAGGCUGGGGCCGAGGUGAUGCCGCAUUUGGCGCGCCAGGGGUGCGAUGAUGACGCCAACGACCCAGACAAGUUCUUAAUCAACUACGACGAGGGCAAUGCACGCAACGAGGCGGAGGCCGCCGAGCUGCGCGGGCGUGUCUCUUCCCUCGAGGCGGCGGCCGCCGCGGAGGCGGAGGUCCGCGCGGCCCUCUCCGCGGACCUUGCGGCCUCGCGCGCGGAGGCGGCGCGCUCGGCGGAAGGCCCCUGCCAGCGCUGCGGCGGCGGGAUGGUCAGCGGCGGUGCUCUCGUGGCGGAGAAUGUCUGCCUGGAGGCGAAGCUCCGGUCCCACAAGGCCCUGAUCCAGAAGCAGCAGCGGGUGAUCGCAGAGCACGAGGCGUGGAGCUUGCUGGUGUUUCGGGUGCUCUUCAUGAUCCUCCUGGUGUUCGUGCCGUCGGUUCUCCUGAGCCUGGUCUUCCUGGUGGUCUUCCUGAUUCUCUCCAUGGGCCCGCAGAUCUUCCUGGUGUUCUUCAUGAUUCUCCUCAUCGUCUCCCUGGUUUUCGUGCCGAUCAAUUUCCUGAGCCUGUUCGUUCCGCUCCUGGGCCUGGUCUUCUGGAGCGUCAUGUGGGUCGUGCUGAUCCUCCUCCUGCUGGUCUUCCGGAUUCUCUGCUCGAUCUUCCUGGUGUUCGUGCCGAGGUUCUUCCAGGGCCUGAUCGUUCGGUUCUCGAGCCUGUUCUCUGGGAGCCCGGCCAUCGUGAUCCUCCUGGUGUUCCUGCCGUCGGUUCUCCUGAGCCUGAUCUUCCUGGUUGUCUUCCUGAUUCUCCUCAUGAGCUCCCAGAUCUUCCUGGUGUUCUUCCUGAUUCUCUUCGUCGUCUCCCUGGUUUUCGUGCCGAUCCAUUUCCAGAGCCUGAUCGUGCAGUUCCUGAGCCUGGUCUUCUGGAGCUUCAUGUGGGUCGUGCUGAUCCUCCUCAUGCUGGUCUUCCUGAUUCUCUCCUCGACCUUCCUGGUGUUCGUGCUGAAGUUCCUCCAGAGCCUGAUCGUUUCUUUCUCGAGCCUGUUCUUUGGGAGCCAGGCCGUCGUGUGGGACCUGGCGAGCCUGGGGAAGUCGUUCAAGAUUCUGGUAUGGACCUUAAUGACCUUCAGCGUAUGCUUGACUCGAUGUUUGAGAAGCUCUGCGAGAGUAUCGAUCGUGUGCUUCAUCUUCCUGAAGAUUGUGGAAUUCAAUCUGUCCAACAUCCUGAAAGCCUUCGCGCUGACUCUUCGGCCUCUUCUGUUCCUGCAGAUUCUCUUAUCCGACCUGGUCGUACUGCUUCGGUCUCUGAGUUGGAACGUUGUCGGAAGCUUCUGCGCGAUGGUGGAAAUUACCUAUGGCGAGGUCCUCUUCCUGGCAGUACUGAGCCUCGCCGAUCCCGACCCCUCGACCGUGGAGUUAACAGAUGGUUAA